AUGGAUCAUGCACAUACUAAACCGCGGCGGCGCGUCUCGCGUCGCUCCCCAACUGGUUCUUCGUCAGAUGAACUUGCAGUGGUCUCAAAUCACGAGCCAGCCCAUCGACACCGACAGAGCUGGUCGAGGAAUUUCACCCCGCAACGCCCAACUCCCCAGAAGCGUCCCCCGAGCAGAAGCGAGAGCCCUGAUGAAUUAGCUGUGGAUGCAGACGAGUACUGGCGUUCUUCACGCACUUCUCGUUCUCGGCACAGCCCUUCGAAGCGCUCUGCAGCCCCGAGUAGUCCAGGCCGCACACCUUCGGAGGACGCCUCGAAUGAUAGAAUGAGCACCGAUGAGGGUCGCACUGACAACCACAGCGAUCCAUCAGAUCGCCUUCCAACCCCUGCUCCUCCUGCGGAGCCCCCUCUCCCUCCAAAGCCAGACCGCUUGAAUUACCGCGAGAAGUUCGUAUUGAAAGCCCAUCAGCGUGGCGUGUCGUCUGUCCAGUUCUCUCCCGAUUGCACAAUGAUUGCCAGUGGCGGUGCCGAUGCAACUGUCAAAGUAUGGGAGACAGCUACCGGGAAGCCGCUAUACACUUUCGUUGGUCAUUUAGCAGGAAUCUCGACCGUUGCGUGGUCUCCGGAUGGAAAAUGGGUUGCGUCCGGUUCCGACGAUAAAACAAUUCGAUUCUGGAGCAUUGAAACGGGCAGAGCACACACAAAGAUCUUUAAGGGCCACCACAAUUACAUAUACCAAAUUGCCUUCACGCCCAAGGGCAAUAUGCUUGCAAGCGGCUCCUACGAUGAAGCAGUCUUCUUGUGGGAUGUACGCCGGGCGAAGGUCAUGAGAUCCCUUCCCGCCCACUCCGACCCCGUGGCCGGAAUGGACGUCGUGCAUGAUGGCACCUUAGUCGCAUCCUGCGCGACGGAUGGGCUCGUCCGUAUCUGGGACACGCACACGGGCCAGUGUCUCCGAACCCUCGUCCACGAAGACAACCCCCCUGCAACAUUUGUCAAGUUCUCGCCGAACGGCAAGUAUAUUCUGGCGUGGACCCUGGACGGCUGUAUCCGCCUGUGGAAUUAUGUGGAGAGUCGUGUGAUCAAGACUUUCCAGGGCCACGAGAACAAGAAGUACAGUAUUUCUGGCGGUUUCGGUACAUAUGGGCCGCCGGACGUCAAGUACAAUCCACCUCUAGCAUUUGCCGUGAGCGGGAGCGAGGACGGUGCGAUCGUCUGCUGGGAUAUCGUUACGAAGAACAUCCUGCAGCGUAUCGAAGGUCACACGGAUGUUGUCCUAGGUGUUCAUACGGGCCAGCUGAAUGGGAAGCGUAUGCUUGUCAGCGGUGUGAAUGGGGACGCCGCUGGUCCCGAUUCUGCCCCUGACUCGAACUUGCCUCCUCCUACUCCUGUGAAUGGAGCUGACGGAGAGGAUACGACGAUGGCUGAUGCGCCUCCUGAAUCCUCUGUCGCGGGCACACCCGCAGGGGAUGUUACGAUGACAUGA